AUGUACAGCUCAAGUUGUGAAUAUCACCCUCUUCUGCUUGAUAAACCUUUUGAUAUUCUUCCAUAUUUAUUACUUCCUUUGGCUGGACCAGAAGAAUUUGAUGAAGAAGAUGUUGACCAAAUGCCCAUUGAAUUGCAGUACUUAGAGGAUUCCAAAGAAAGAGAAAAGGAUCCCGAAAUAAGAAAACUGCUUCUUGAAUCUCUGUUAAUGCUUUGUGCAACUAAACAAAGUCGCAUAUAUUUACGCAGUAAACAGGCAUACCUAAUUCUGCGAGAAUAUCAUAAAUGGGAAAAGAAUAAUAGCAAUUUACUUGCAUGCGAAAAUGUAGUUGACAUUCUAAUUAGAACUGAAGAUGAAAUUGGAAUUGAUGAUUUAAAAAGUAUAGAUGUUCCCGAUGAUUUAAUCGAAAAGUUUGAAAAGAUGGAUAGGGAUUAUCUCAACAGCUAA